AUGGCAGUUAAUCGCUUGGAGUCUCAAGGUAAAUUACCUUCCCAGACAGAGCCGAACCCUCGGCAGAAUGCUAAUGCAAUCACUCUUCGUAGUGGAAAGGUUCUGGAAACAGUACCAACUAAAAGUCAUAGGCAAGACAAGGAACAGGAAAAGCAGAUCUCCGAUCCAACAAUCAGGCCAGAAUUAGAAGUUCAGAAACCAGUUGUGAUGCCACCUCCUUUUCCAGGGAGGCUUGCAAGGGAUAAAAAAGAGAAUAAGGAAAAGGAAAUCCUCGAGACAUUCAGGAAGGUGGAGGUAAAUAUUCCUUUACUCGAUGCUAUCAAACAAAUCCCUCGUUAUGCAAAAUUCCUCAAGGAAUUGUGUACUAGAAAGAGGAGGUUAAUAGGUAAUGAAAGAGUAAAUGUAGGAGAAAAUGUCUCCGCAGUGCUGCAAAAGAAAGUUCCACCCAAAUACAAGGACCAAGGUAUGUUUGCUAUUCCUUGUGAGAUAGGCAAUGUAGGCAUUAAGAAAGCUAUAUGUGAUUUAGGGGCUUCCAUUAAUGUUAUGCCUUAUUAUAUUUAUAAGCUGAUUAACGCGGGUCCUUUAAAAGAGACAGGAGUAAUAAUCCAGUUGGCGGACAGAUCAGUCAUCUAUCCCGAAGGGCUGCUUGAAGACGUCCUUGUUAAAGUUAAAGAAUUAGUUUUCCCUGCAGAUUUCUACAUUAUUAGUAUGGAAGAUGAUAAUUCAACUAAUUCGUCUGACAUUUUGCUUGGAAGGCCGUUGCUAAGUACCGCGAGCGCAAAAAUAGAUGUUCGAAGUGGAACGCUGACCAUGGAGUUUGAUGGCAAAAUUGUGAAAUUCAAUAUCUACGAGGCCAUGGGUCAUCCUAACUCUCUAUUAAAUAUUUCUAGCAUUGAUAUUUUAGAUUGUUUAACUCAAUCUUAUUCUGAAUAUCAUGACUUUGAUGAGUUGGAAACUGUCCUUUACAGAAACAUUGACAUAGAUGUUUUACAUCAUCUCGAAGGAUUCGCAGUCAUUGAAGAUCCGUUACAAGAAAUCGUCAAUCACUUGGAUAUGUAA